UCAGAUAUUCAGAAAAAGAAAAAAAUUUGGCUGUAUGAUCAUAAAAAAUUCCUGACAACCCCUAAACAAAUGUCAUCUUUUUUAUGUCACAUUCAAAUUAUUUAUUGUUGAAUUUUUAUUUUUCAUAACUUCAUAAAUAAUCAAAUUUAAACCAUAAUAAAUAAUGUAAAAUUACGUUUUAAGAAAAAGAUACUAAUAUGUUUUGUAGAAAUGUUCUCUCGGCCGCGGAGUUGAUGAAUAGUUGCAAGCCUAUGCGUCUUAAACAAUUGUAUGGCUCUACAGGCAAUGUACGUUUGUUUCGUAAUUCUUUCCACAAAUCCCAACGCGGCGGGCGCCGGCCUGCUUUGGAACCGGACCCGUUGGAAAGUCUGCAUGUCGAAUCUGGCACUCUAAGCCCCAAGAAGCUAAUGAAACCUCUUUUGUUUACAAUCGGGAUAUCUACAGGAAGUCUCACAGCCUGCGUUAUAUGGGAAUAUGAGAGCCUGCGAGCUCAUGCCACCUCACUACUAAAGAAACCAAGUAACUGGCUGAGUGCACAGCAGAAAAAAGUAUUUAGCACAAUUUGUGAGAAGGAACCAGGACCGCUGAAAAAAUGGUGGAGCUCAUUAAGGGACAGUGAGAAGGUGUUCUAUCCAAUAUUAGCAGCUAAUGUCCUAGUAUUUGGUGCAUGGCGUGUGAGAGCACUACAACCCUUCAUGGUGAAAUACUUCUGCUCCAAUCCUACAGGCAGUGCAGUAUGUUUACCAAUGGUGCUGUCAACCUUUAGCCAUUAUUCAGCAUUACAUCUAGCAGCGAAUAUGUAUGUUCUCUAUAGUUUUAUGCCAGCCGCUAUUGCUUCUCUGGGUAAAGAACAAUUUACUGCCAUGUACUUAAGUGCCGGUGUUAUAAGCAGUUUUGCAAGUUUCCUAUACAAAGUGAUGCUGAGCCAACCCGGUCUUAGCCUUGGAGCAUCUGGCGCUAUAAUGUCAGUAUUGUCCUAUGUGUGUGUACAGUAUCCUGACACCAGACUGAGCAUAAUCUUUCUGCCCAUGUACACAUUUGCCGCAGGCACGGCCAUAAAAGUCAUAAUGAGUAUGGACUUGGCUGGCGUUGUAUUAGGCUGGAAAUUUUUCGAUCACGCCGCGCAUCUUGGAGGAGCAUUAUUUGGAAUUGCUUGGUGCUACUGGGGAAACACACACAUUUGGGGCAACAGAGACAAAUUCCUACAAUACUAUCAUAACCUAAGGAAGCCAGAUACCGGUAGGUAAUGAUGCAUGAAAGCUCAGAUCUAUAGACAAAGUAAUCGUUAUUGGAAUAUAAAAUAAAGUUUAACGAUAUUAUGUACAAUAAAGCUAUUUAUUGUUACUUAUUUUGUUAUUUAGACCACAGUAAAAUUAAAGACCGUUUUAAAACAA